UUAGUCUUUCACAAGAGCUUACGUCCGUAUUCAGAGCAGAGGAUGGCUGCCUUGAGGUGCCUUUGCGGCCAUCCAAGAUGUACCUCUAGGCAGUAGGGUGUCAUUUCCUGAUGGAGAAGGCAAAGGAGGCUGUUGCUGAUCUUCCCUAGUACCUCCCAAGGGGAGGGCAGGCACUUGAGGGACAGUUCUAGACCUGAAGGUGGCUCCUCCAUUCCGAGCUCCAGCCCCUCACAAACAGAGCGUGGGGGAACGCUGUGCAGUAACCAUGGAGACGCUGCUGGUGCUGGUGGUGCUACUGGGCCUGGUGGGGUGCUCCACCACCCCUGAUGAUGAGCCUGGGCCGCUUCAUGUCACCGGCAUGUGGGUGACAGUGCCACGACAGCUGAGCCCCCGGUCUGACAACAACCCCCUCACUGUCUCCUACUGGCUGGAGGUGGAGGGGAGGCCACAGGUCCUGCGCCUGCGGCCCAGGAAGGGCCUGGCCUCCCAGCCUUUCGCUUUGGUCACCUAUGGCGAGGACGGGGCACGUCGGGAGGAGCAUGUCUACGUUCAGGACAACUGCUUCUAUCAAGGUGAGGUGCAGGGAAGUCCCGGCUCCCUGGUGGCCCUCGGCACCUGCGGCAGGGGCCUCCGUGGAGUGCUUUGGAUGGAAGGCAACACUUAUGAGAUUGAGCCCAUCCCUGAUGAUCCAGCCUUCCAGCACAUGCUCUAUCGCAUGGAGGCAGACAGUGACCCUAUGGGCCCCACGUGCGGGCUGACCCCCAUGGAGCUGCAGUACCAAAAGACUGUGCUGCCCUGGCUUCAGGCUCCACGAACAGAGGAGAAGUACAUGCUGAAGGACUGGUGGACACAUACCAGGUAUGUGAAGUUAGUAGUGGUCGUGGACAAUGUGCGGUUUGUGAGGUCGGACAGGAAUGAAUCCAAAGUCUUGAGGCAAGUCCUUGAAGUUGUCAAUAUUGGGGACUCUCUGUAUGACCAGCUUUCUGUUCAACUGUUCCUUGUCGGACUGGAGAUUUGGACCAAAACCAAUCCUAUAAACAUUACUAACUCUGUAAACAGGGCACUUUCAGACUUUAACAAAUGGCGAAAAACAGACCUAUAUCCACGGAUGCGCCAUGAUGUUGCUCACUUAUUUGCGUUUCAGGGCUUUGGAAAAAGCCUGGGAUUGGCAUAUCUGGGGUCCGUAUGUGACAGGCAGUGGUCAUCAGCAGUUGAUUCCUUCACCAACAGGAGGCUGUCUUCAUUUAUUGUCACAUUUGUCCAUGAGCUGGGCCAUAAUCUUGGGAUGCGCCAUGAUGAACGGCACUGUAAAUGCAGGCGGAAGAGGUGCAUUAUGUAUGAAAGUGAAUCUGAUACCGACGCAUUCAGUGACUGCAGUUACAAAGACUACUUUGACCUGCUUGGGAGUGGUGGUAGCUGCCUGCGUCAAUCACCAGCACUUGGCAGCUACUACACUUUGAAGCGUGAAUACUGUGGGAAUAAGAUAGUAGAAAGCGGAGAGCAGUGCGACUGUGGUUCAAAAUCAGACUGCAGAAACGAUCCUUGUUGUCACCCUAACUGCACACUGACUGCAGGUUCAGUUUGCGCUUCUGGAAAAUGCUGCAAAGGCUGUCAGAUCCUUCCAGCAGGAACACUCUGCAGAGCACGUACCGGUAACUGCGACCUGCCGGAGUACUGCAAUGGGACCUCCCCUUGGUGCAGGCCGGACCUGUACGUACAAGAUGGAGCCCCUUGCGAAGAUGGUGCCUAUUGCUAUAAAGGAAAAUGUUCUUCCCACAGUAAACAAUGCAAGCAUCUUUUUGGCAAACAAGCCAGGCCUGCUCCUUUAGAUUGCUUCAAAGAAGUGAAUAGUCGAGGUGACCGUUUUGGAAAUUGUGGUAUUCGUAACGGUAUUCUUUUUACUAAGUGCAGUGUUGAGGAUGCCUUAUGUGGUAGGCUACAGUGUGAAAACAUACACAAGUUGCCCUCUUUGCAGAACCACAUAACAGUCAUCCAAACCCCUGCUGGAGAUAAAAAGUGUUGGGGUCUUGACUAUCACAUAGGGAUGCCUGUAGCUGACUUGGGGGCUGUGGAAGAUGGCACGACAUGUGGCAGCAACAAGAUUUGUAUUGAAAGGACAUGUACUGAUAUUUCAGUGCUGAAUUAUGAUUGUAACAUAACGAAGUGCCACAACAGAGGAGUGUGUAACAAUCUUAGGAACUGUCACUGCGAGUAUGGUUGGGCUCCUCCAUAUUGUGAGCGGGAAGGAUUUGGAGGUAGCAUUGACAGCGGGCCCCCUCCAUCCAAGCAGAUUUUUCAGAGGUCAAGAAUAGGAGUAGUUGGCCUUGUUUUUCCUGUUGUUCUCGGAGUUAUUCUUGUCAUAUAUUAUAAAAAGGAAAUACGGGAGUGGAUUAUGAGGAUGAGGCCUGAUUUCACAGAAGGAGUUACUGGUUGUUUCAAAUACUGCAAACGACAGUAGUUGCUAUAUAACACCUACUGCUGAGACAAAAUCUACUACCGUGCACUUCGCAAAGACCAACAAAGCUGUGGCUUUGGAUGCUCCUAACAAAAUCUCCGGUAGCUCUUGAGCAGAGCCAGCUGAUACCUUAUCGAAAUAAUUCAACAUAUUCUAAGUUGUUAUAAUCCAAUGCAACAUUAUUAAACAGAUUAAAUGUUAUCUCUGUUUAUUUUAAGUUAAUAAAUGCAGGCAAUAAGGUACGCUGCUCUUGGUUUGUACCUUGGGUUCUUAAAAAUGAAGCGCUCAGUGAGCGGUAAGUGGCGAGUGGUAAGUACGCAGUAUAUGUACUGCUGGAUCCUCCAGAGAAGUGCUGUGGAUUUUACUGCUGCAAGAACAAGCAAUCUGUGAGGCUGCACGAGUAUGCUGCACUUCUAAAAUAGUUAGGGCUGUUCUGCAGCUCUCUCACCCUCACAGCUCCUGCGCUAUUUGACAGAUGCUUUAUAUCUGCCUACCUCCAGGCCUUUCUCUUGUUUUACUCCGUGAUUACUUUGGGAACUGUUACCAAAUAUGUUGCCAUAGCUCUACGAUGUGUCACAGAAGCAUUUCUUUCAAUAAGAUGUAAAAUAUGUGUCAUCUAUGAAAAAGCACGAGGGAUCUGGAAAUACCAUUCAGUACUUUAAUCUGAAGGAGGGGCAUUUCUGUACGAAAGGCUGUAAAACAAUACACUCGUCUGCUAGCCGAACAAUCGUUGCUGUUGCUAAUUGUCAGCAAACCGUUAACAGCCUUUUUUAACGCGUUAAACGGACGCGGACAGAGCUAACCGUCACCGCCAGCCC